UCCUGUCCAGGCUAACUGUCACUGGGGGAAAAUGGCCGCUCGGCGUGAUUCUAUUCACCGACACUGAGAACUCUAAAGUACAGAAAACUCUACAGUCUGAUCUGGAACUAUUGAAACAAACCCAACCUCAACACGGGGGAGUUUUUAAAUGAAUAAUGUCUCGCUGGGUGCCUACGAAGAAGGAGAAGUACGGAGUUGCAAUCUACAAUUAUGAUGUCCGUGGAGACGAGGAGCUGUCGCUACAGAUUGGAGACACAGUCCACAUACUAGAGACAUAUGAAGGCUGGUACAGAGGUCACAGGCUGAGGAGGAAGUCCAAGAAAGGGAUCUUUCCUGCCUGUUACAUUCACCUCAAGGAGGCCACCGUUGAAGGCAAUGGGUCAGUGUCUGCCUCUCCUCUUCUCUCCUCUUCUCUCUUUCUCUCUCCUUUCCUCUUCCUCUUCCUCUCCUUGUAUAUCAGGUACCUGGAUCUAGACCUCGUGGUGAGAGAUAAAGAUGGCAACAUCUUGGACCCCGACUCUACCAGCACCGUCUCUCUCUUCAGAGCCCAUGAAGCUGCUUCCAAACAGAUUGAGGACAGGAUCCAAGAGGAGAAGUCUCAGAAACAGAAUGUAGAUCUGAGCAGGCAGGCCAAGUUCGCCCAGACACCGUCCUUCGCUCUCUUCGUCACCCUGAAGAACGUGGUGUGUAAGAUCGGAGAAGAUGCAGAGGUCCUCAUGUCGCUCUACGACCCUGUUGAGUCAAAGUUCAUCAGUGAGAAUUACCUGGUGCGUUGGUCCAGUCAAGGCCUGGUGAAAGAUAUAGACCAGCUCCAUAACCUGAGAUCAGUCUUCACUGACCUUGGCAGUGAGGAUUUAAAGAGAGAGAAGAUCAGCUUUGUGUGCCAGAUCGUUAGAGUCGGACGGAUGGAGCUACGUGACAACAACACCAAGAAGCUGACCUCUGGGCUGAGGAGGCCCUUUGGAGUGGCAGUAAUGGAUGUGACUGACAUCAUAACAGGCAAGAUGGAUGAUGAGGACAAGCAGUAUUUCAUCCCCUUCCAGCCGUGA